AAGAUUGUGGUUUUCAUGCUCCUUCUGAUAUGCAAAGGUUGCUAUUCACAGCAGCCAGCAUGUGGCAAAGCAACCGCCACUCGAAUCAUUGGAGGCACUGAUGCAAAACCAGGGAGUUGGCCCUGGCAGAUAGCUUUGAAGGAGUCUGAUUUCUUCUUCUGUGGAGGAUCGGUGAUCACUAACGAAUGGAUUCUGACAGCUGCUCACUGCUUCCAGAAUUAUGAUCUCAGCAAGAUUACAGUCCAUCUGGGUGUGAACAACCUGACAGGACCCAACCCUAAUGAAGUCAUUCGAAUGAUUAGUCAAGUCGUUGUUCACCCUGCGUACAACAAUGUCAACUUUGACAAUGACAUGUGUCUUCUGAAGCUGUCGGCUCCCGUGAACUUUACAAAAUCCAUCAGUCCUGUCUGCUUAGCCUCACAAGGCAGCACUUUCUAUAGCGGACUUAGCAUCUGGGUCACAGGUUUUGGUGUGACUAGCACUGGAUCAAUAUCUAACACCCUGCAAGAACUAAAUGUGCCGAUCGUGGGAAACAAUGAGUGCACAUGCUACUUACAGGACUUUUCUGGAAUCACAGGGAACAUGAUGUGUGCUGGAGAUUUAGCUGGAGGAAAGGACUCAUGUCAGGGAGACUCAGGRGGACCACUGGUGGCACUAUUAGAUAAUACAUGGGUCCAGGCUGGAGUUGUAAGCUUUGGUGAUCGCUGUGCCCUCCCACUGAGACCUGGAGUCUAUGCUAGAGUGUCCGAGUACCAGGACUGGAUCAGUGCCACGGUGGUCUCUGGAAUGAGACCAGGCUUUGUUACCUACAAUUCUACAGGAUUCGACGUGGACUCAAUCUUCAUGUGCCCUACCGCUUUACCUACCAUUCCCCCAACCACCACUGAUGGUAGUAUUUUUGGCAGUGGUGAAAACCUGAAGCACUUCACUCACCUAACCGCGCUCUUUAUUCUUGUUCCAGUUCUUCAUGUCUUAGUUGGGGGUGGUGAAAUGUAAAUGUUGCAGAGUAAUUUAAGAAAUGCUCGCAUGAAGAAUUAGACUCACAACAAUGAAGAUUUUCUAUUUUUCUUGGAACAAAUUACCUSUAGAUCAAUUCUAUACCCAUUAUAAUUUUGAUUAGUAUUGCAGAUUUGAUAUUAAAUUUAGUGAACCWGAUUUGUCAAAAAAAAAGUUCUUUAAAUCAAAGUACUUUCAUAUUUUUUCUUGUAAGGGAGAUUUGGUUUUUAGUUAUUAAUGACUAUUAAAAUUCAUUAAAGAAUCCUUU